UCGCAACUUCAUGAGCCAGUCUUUUAUGAAAAGGGCUGGCCUUGGUGCACAAGUUCGGAGGAAGGCAAACCCGACGGCGAUCAAGUUGGCGGAUGGUAAGACGCAACAACUUCUCGACCGUUACAUCGAGGCCGUACCCGUCUACUUCGCACCUCAUGCAUGCAAACCGGUGACAUUCGAUAUUCUCGACACGGACUUCGACAUCAUUCUGGGAAUGCCUUGGCUUGCAAGUGCGGAUCACACGGUCAACUUCCAUCGGCGGACUCUUAGCUUCGCCGACAUCUUCGAGUCACCUACCGGUGUGGUGCCGGAGGAGCUUGAGGUCCUCCGUGCACAACUCGAUGAUUUGUUGGCCAAGGGCUGGAUCCGCCCGAGUAGCUCCCCAUACGGAGCACCAGUUCUCUUCGUCAGGAAGAAGAACAAGGACCUACGAUUGUGUAUCGACUACCGCAAGCUCAACGCGCAAACCGUCAAGAAUGUGGGGCCUUUUCCUCGCAUCAACAAUCUUCUCGAGCGGCUGGGCGGCGCGAAGUAUUUUUCCAAGUUGGAUUUGAAAUCGGGAUAUCAUCAAAUCUCGAUCCAGCCAAACGAUCGCUACAAGACCGCGUUCAAGACGCGGUACGGGCAUUUUGAGUGGGUGGUCAUGCCUUUUGGCCUCACCAACGCCCCGGCGACCUUUCAGGCGGCGAUGACCAAUGAGUUUUAUGCAAUGUUGGACCGGUUCGUGCUGGUCUACUUGGACGAUAUUCUCGUCUAUAGCCGUUCAUUGGAGGAUCAUCUGGGGCAUCUUCGACAAGUGUUGGAGACGCUCCGCCGCGCCAAGUACAAGGCCAACCGCGACAAGUGUGAAUUUAUCUGGCAAGAGCUGGAAUACUUGGGCCAUUUUGUCACACCGGAGGGCAUCAGUCCGCUAUCGGACAAGAUUCAGGCCGUGCAAGAGUGGCCGGAGCCUCGGAACGUCACGGAUGUCCGCUCGUUCCUCGGUCUUACCGGCCACUAUCAGCGUUUCAUCAAAGGCUACUCCAAGAUCGCGGCCCACUUGAACAAGCUUCAGUGCGAGGAUCAACCGUUUGACUUCGGAGAGGAGGCGCGGGGAUCAUUCUUCGCUCUCAAAGCCGCACUAUUGUCUGCGGAGGUCUUGCGGAUAUACGACCCGCUCGCGCCUACACGUGUCACUACGGAUGCGUCAGGCUAUGGCAUUGGGGCAGUCCUCGAGCAACAUGAUGGUAAGGAGCUCCUCGCCUUCGUCCACGCGCUCAAGCGGUGGCGGCACUUCCUCCUUGGUCGAAGCCAGUUUCGAUGGGUAACGGACAACAAUCCGUUGGUCUUCUACAAGACCCAAGACACCGUCAACAUCACCAUCGCUCGAUGGAUGGCUUUCAUCGACCAGUUCGACUUCUUUUCCGAUCACAUUCCCGAGAAGUCGAACCGUUUUGCGGAUGCUCUCUCACGGCGUCCGGAUCAUUGUACCGCAGUCUACUCGACCUUCGAGAUUGACUACAACCUGCGGAACAGCUUCAUCCGCGGCUACCAAGCCGACCCCGAGUUUUGCGACAAGUACGCGAAUUGCUCCUCUCCUAAUCCGGCUCCUUCUCACUACCGGAUCCAAGAGGGGUACUUGCUUGUCCACACGCGGGGGAAGGACCUUCUCUGUGUACCGAGUGAUCCUCACUUGCGUACACGGCUUCUUGGCGAGUUCCACGACGCUCCCGCCACUGGACAUUUUGGAGUCAAUUGCACGAUUGGCCGACUUCGCCAGCGAUUUUGGUGGCCCGGCCUUCUCGGCGACGUCACACCCUAUUGCGAAUCAUGCGAGGUUUGCCGACGCUGCAAAUCCCGCAACCAUCGUCCGUACGGCGAGUUACGACCAUUGCCAGUCCCGUUGCGGCGAAGGGAAGCGAUUGCCAUGGACAUUACCGGCCCGUUCCCCAAGCACAAGACCGGAGUGGAUGGGACUCUCACGGUGGUUGACCGACUCACCAAGUUCGCCAUGUUUUUGCCUUGUCGCUAUCAUGCCAAGGCACCGGAGUUGGCCGAGGUUCUUUACGCCGGUUGGAUUCGCACCAAGGGUUACCCCAAGGAGAUCGUCUACGACCGCGACACUCAGUUCAUGUCCGAUUUUUGGUUGGCGCUCAUCAAGCGAUGGAGCUCAUCUCUCAAGCCCAGUUCGGCUCGCCACCCUCAGACCGAUGGCCAGACGGAGAGGGCGCAUCAGACCGCACAGGUUCUCCUUCGCACUCUCAUCCGCCCCGACCAGAAAGACUGGGUUGAGCGACUGCCGGACGUCGAGUUGGCCUACAACUCUUCCAUCCACCCGGCUAUCGGGAUAUCGCCCUUCGAGUUCGAGCAUGGCUCGCCGAUCACAUCACCGUUGGACACUAUUACUCCACGCACGGGCGAGAGCGACGACCAUCUUCUUUUCUUGCGUCGGAUGCAAGAGCUUCUUGUCAAGGCACGCGACCAGAUGGCUAAGACGCAACAGCGCAUGAGCCAGCAGGCCAAUCGGCAACGUCUUCCUUGUCCAUUCUGCGCCGGGGACCUCGUCUGGGCUUCCGCCGCGGAAUUCAGCCUUGAACAAGACAUCUCUCGCAAGCUCCUUCCGAAAUGGAUGGGGCCUUGGCCGAUUAUAAAGCCCGUUGGGGACGCACCCGAAGGACCCUCCUUCACGAUUCAGGUGCCUAGCCACUUGCCUGUCUACCCAGUCUUUCAUUGCUCCAAACUCGCUCUCUACACGCCAGCGGAUCAUGACGAUUUCCCCGGGAGACGUACGCAAGACACACCUUCUAUGGAUGGUUUUCAGGAGGUCGACGACAUCAUUUCCCAGCGACGCUUUGGCAACAAGCCAAUUGAGUACUUAGUGCAUUUUGCAUACUGCACACACCGAGCUGACCGAUGGUUAACCCGUGCGGAACUUCAAGCAACAGCUCCAGACGUUCUCGCACGCUACGAACGCAAGAUGCAAGGCAAGCCGGUUUCUUCGGCUCCCUGCCGCGCCCGCGUCCAGGUUCCACCUUCAGAUCGACGGCUUCGCCCUCGCCCCGACUUGACUUCAUAAGGAGGGGGGGGUGUCACAUGCUGCGCGUGCACACGCAGGCCAUUUUGCAGGCCUGCGUCCUUCAGGCCAAAAGCCUGAACUUCAAGCUGAAAGCCUGAAUUUCAGGCCGAAAGCCUGAAAUCCAGGGCUUACAGGCCCCCUGGCGGUUCAGGCCGAAAGCCUGAAUUCCAGGGCCUGUCCCUGUGUCGCUUCAGACUAAAAAUGGCAACGGCCUUUUUAGCCUGAAACGAAGGGCCAUUUUCGAUCGUUCAUCAGAACGACCGGCCCUGAAACUCAAGCACCGAACCAGGGUUUCGGGAACAAACUAUUAAUAGUCUG